AUGAUAGAAGCUGUUGACAAAAUGCUUGUAGUUGAUAUGCCUAUUGUGAGCGAUACUUCAAUUCAAAAAGAGAAUCUCAUAAGCAUAUUUCCUUCUUCAGGAUCUAGCUUGAAUCAACAUGGAGAAAUUAAUUUUGUUAUAGAAAUGUGUGACCAGUACCUACAUUUACACAAGUCAUACAUUCUCAUGGAAGUAAAUCUCACUAAACCAGACGAUACUGCGUUGGCAGAAACUGAUGAAGUAUCUUUGACGAAUAAUGCUCCCAUGUUUUUGUUUGAUAGAGCAACGUAUAGUAUGGAUGGAAUGCAAGUUGAAAGUAUAAUGGAUCCUGGGAGAGCAAGUUUGAUGAAAGGUCUUUUGACUUAUAGCAGUACCAUGAACAAGCAAAAUACAUUUGGCUGGAUUUUAGAAACAAAGGAAAUUAUAAAUUACAAAAUUAACAAAUAUACAAAAAAUAGAAAGGAGUGCUACAAUAAAAUUGUCUAUGGAAGAAAACAUCACUUGUCACUUUACAGAUCUCCGGAAAACAAGAAUAGUAUCGUCUCUACAGAUGCACAAGAAUUUACUGCAAAACAGUUGGAGAGCUACAACAUUCCUAAUGGAAAUCGAGAAUUCACCUGGAAAUUGGGAACAAAAUAUGACAAGAUAAAGUACAUUGUGGUUGCUUUUCAAACUGCUAGAGAUAAUAAUUAUUUGAAUGCAAAGAGAUAUCCUCAUGAUUGCUUGAAAUUUGAUUUUGAUAAAUUUAAUGCUGUGCAGCAAUACAAUUUUGCAAAAGAGUUUAGGAACAGUUAUUAUGAAUCAACAAAGGAUCAUAUCUUUAUGGAAGAAGAUGUCUACUAUUACUAUUACCCACUAUUAGUAUUUGAUGUAUCUAAACAGAAUGAUAGAAUUAUUCAAUCUAGACCUGAUGUUACAAUAAAAGCAACUUUUUCGAAAAAUAUUAUUCAAAGCACAAAGUGUUAUUGUUUGGUUAUGAAAAUUCUGAAUUUUUAUCCAUUUCCCGAAAUUCCGAAUUUUCACUAA